AAAAAGUGAGCUCCUCGGACGCACGACAACACACCAACUGAAGUGGAAAGCGGCUCCUGUUCUGCUCCUUAUUCCAUUUCGGACGUUGCAUACAAGGCGGUACGGCUUCAGACUGCUGCAGGACGCAAUCAAAAGGAAGAAGUCCGAGUUAAGAAGACAGUCUUUGGCUCGUGCGUUACAUUUACUUGGUUUCUUUUCUCAGCUCUUUAUGUCAGCGAAUCAGUAUCUAACUUUGUAGUGUUUAUAGCUGGAAAGCUGGAAAGCAUCAAUCGAGUGUGCCAUCACGAAGACAAAAUUGAACUAAUGACGGCAGAGGUCCAGCAGCCACCAGCGCAGACUCCUGGCCAGAGCAGCCCGAUGUCUGCCCCGGAGAAGCCGCACGGACAGACCGCGGUGAUGGAAACCACCUCUUCCACGACGAAAACCAAAAAGACAAACGCAGGGAUCCGCAGACCAGAGAAACCCCCCUAUUCAUACAUUGCUUUAAUAGUCAUGGCGAUCCAGAGCUCACCAACCAAGCGCCUGACGCUCAGUGAAAUAUACCAAUUCCUGCAGAGCCGCUUCCCGUUUUUUAGGGGCUCAUACCAGGGAUGGAAGAACUCCGUGCGUCACAACUUGUCCCUGAACGAGUGCUUCAUUAAGCUGCCCAAAGGCCUCGGCCGGCCAGGGAAGGGCCACUACUGGACUAUCGACCCGGCCAGUGAGUUUAUGUUCGAGGAAGGCUCUUUCAGAAGGAGACCCAGGGGGUUUAGGCGCAAGUGUCAGGCGCUGAAGCCCAUGUACAGCAUGAUGAACGGCCUGGGAUUCAACCACAUCCCCGAGUCCUACAACUUCCAGGGGAGCGGCGGGGGCCUAUCCUGUCCGCCAAACAGCUUGUCUCUGGACAGUGGGCUCGGAAUGAUGAAUGGACACUUGGCAGGUAACAUGGAAGGGAUGGGUCUGUCCGGCCACACCAUGUCACACUUGUCGAACAACAGUGGACAUUCCUACAUGGGAAGUUGUACAGGAUCCAACGGGAGUGAUUAUCCCCACCACGACAAUUCUGCCUCUCCUCUGCUCACCAGCGGAGGAGUCAUGGAGCCUCACCCAGUCUACUCGAGCUCAGCCUCGGCGUGGGCUCCGGCCCCCUCUGCCUCGCUGAAUAACGGGGCCUCCUACAUAAAACAGCAGCCGCUGUCUCCUUGUAAUCCAGGGGCCAACUCGCUGCAGCCCAGUUUGCCCACACAUUCACUAGACCAAUCGUACCUGCACCAGAACGGGCACAACACUACAGAUCUACAAGGUAUUCCUCGGUACCAUUCCCAGUCUCCGAGCAUGUGUGACCGAAAGGAGUUCGUCUUUUCGUUCAACGCCAUGACGUCCUCCACGAUGCACUCGCCGAGCAGCAGCGCAUACUACCACCACCAACAGGUCUCCUACCAGGACAUCAAGCCCUGCGUCAUGUGAUGAUGUCCCCGCAGACCAGAGGACGGGGUCACAGACUUGAGCCGUGCAGCUGGGUGAACGCAGACGAGAGCAGACGAGUAAAUAACCACUGAGAGACACGAAGGCAUGCCCCGGCCCGUGGAGAGCACCCACUGCUUCAAGUAGACCGGACUACUUUUGUUUCACACAGCGACAAAGACGCGGAGACUCACAAAGCAACCACAUAAUAAUAAUAUAUAAUAAUAUUAAAACAACUUGGUCAUGCCAUCAACAUCGACCAGCGGGGUAACGACUGGGUGUAUGAGACCCUGCUGCUGUUUGGUACUUAGUCCUGCAGCGCGGAUGACUACCACUUCACACUUUUGUUAAUGUUUAUUGCUCUUGUUAAAGUAGGUCAAUGUACAAAUGCACACGUCAAUUUUCUUCGUCUGACGUUUUUACUUUUUUCUCUGAUAAAUUAGACUGAGGCUCUUUUUUUCUUUUGGACUUUCAACGUUUAUUUCAACAAUUAUGGACAUCACAUAAAACAUGCCCAUAUAUAUUGUGUACAAACGAUGAAGGCACUUUU